AUGGACCCAAGCGAGCUUCACCUGGAAACACUCGUUCCGCGCGAGGAUGCCUUGAGUGAUUGUAUCACUGAAGACAUGACAAAUUUGAGCCUCCUCACCCCACUGGAGUUUGUCCUUGUUGAUUCUGCCCAAGUCCAGAGCUUCUUCUAUCGUUAUUACAGCCGUGAGGAUGCAGCGAUACUUAUCAAGCACGUUAAUGAUAUCGCCGAAUACAAGCAGUGCUUUGAUAAUUAUUUCAGAGAGAUCAAGGCAGCUAGAGUGGAACGAGCAUCAGGGGAAGUUGGACGCCCCUACAGUGUCAGCGCGAUGGCGGCUCCUACCGCGGCAAUGCUCUUCGCAGAUUUCAUCGUGGAGCUGUCGGUGAGACUCAUUCAUCACCUUGAUCUUCAAAAAGAAAGACUCUCCUCGCUCGAUCCUUACUUCUCGGAUCUUAAGGAAGCUCUACUCUCUCAGAACGAGUUGAUCGAUAAGGCGAUGCAGCUGAUUCUGGCUGCUAAGAAAGAAGUUGAGGCCCCUGGACAGACCUUCGGUCUGGUUCCUCGAGAGAACAUCAUCCUCGUCCAGGGUCACCCUCAUCUUAAAGAUGGUGGCCGCUGGGUUUCCGCAGAUGUCCAACAUCCAGUCGUCAAGUAUCCGGGUACACCUUGGGCCAAGUUUUUCAAGGGCACGCGACCAUUCUUCAACAUGCUUAACGGAGAUAUCCAUCUAGAUGAGGUCAUCGGCGACGACGUGAAUGUGGACGGCCCAAAGGUGCUGAGGCGGGUGCUGAACAUGUUCUUCCUCAAGCAGGAGAUAGCAGAGUUGGACAACACUACGGCCGCUGCAAGACAGCCACCUAUGACACAUAUUGACAAUCCGACCCUCGCCAGUACAUCUGGUAUCGACUACAGCCGGCUAGAGUCUGAGAUCCAGAAGCGACCGGUUUCUCAUGACCAUCUGCGCGACUACAUGGACAUCAUUCGGCAAUUGAAGAUGGAUGCACAGGGUCAUAUUAGACUGGAAUAUCUUAAUGCCCUGUUCGCAGAGCUGGCUGAUGGUCCCCGAACAUCUCCCCCAGACUUCCCAUACCACUGGGUUGAGCUAUUCGACUCCAUAGUUUUCAAGGGCGAAGAAGCAGUUGACCAGGAGAAACGCUGGGAGGGAGGACUCAUCUGA